AUGGACGGGAACAAGCGGCUCAUGCAGGUCAUCCACGAAAUGCGCUCUGAAAUCAUCAAGCUAGAGAGGGAGAACAGAGCCCUCCGCGGGCAACUGACAUGCAGCAGGCAGAAGGCGGCAAAGCGAGAGGAGGGAGAAGGGGUCGAAGACAAAAAGGACAAGGGCUGGAGCCUCGCGGACUCAGUUGAAGAGGCCGCUGCUUCUCCGGUGACUCUGCGCAGGAACGUCUCGGCAGGCUCUGCUCUGGCACUACAGGAGCAAAAAGGUAGCAUUAUGACGGUGAGGCGUUAUUCCAUCUCCUCAUCUGUGCCAUCGCUCCCUGGCAACAAACACCAGAAAUCUGACAAGAGGAAUCCAUUCAAGGGAGCCCUAGAUGUGAAGGAGAUAAUCAAGCAGCCGACCUUUCCCACAGAUACGCAACUCACCAACAAAGAAGAAAAAGGAGUUGCUAAAAUAACACCCGAUUGCCUCUCCAGCAGUACAUCCAACAAAAGGCGAUCUUUCCAAGACCAUGUUUACAAGUGCAGGGGUAAAGUAAAGGCUGUCAGUUUCCUGUUACCCAUGGACAUGUCACGUUAUUCAGAAAAUCAAGGCUCUUUCACGUGCUCGCAAAAUCAGAACACAAAACAGUUAAGCACCAUUAUUGAAAAGGACAUGUGA